AUGUCGGCAACAUCGUCACCCGUUCCCCCUCUUCUCGCACCGGUCUCGACGCCGCAGCCAACCCAGAGCUCCACCGUUGCCAUGCAGUCCACCGACAAGCUGAAGAGCGGUACAACCUGGGAUAACCUGCCGAGCGAAAUCAUCCUCCAUGUGGUUGCCAGCACCGAGUACUUCGAAUUCGCCACGAUACACAACCUGCAGCUCGUGGAUCAGCGACUGUAUCGCAUCCUCAAGGCGUACGAACGCUCACUGUGCAAGGGCUACGUGACCAACCAGCUGCGGCACGUCGUCGCCUACUUCCCAGAUCUCAUAUCGCCGCAGUGCAAAGCCUGUCGCAGCGUCGUGGGAUGCACUUGCAACCUCUCGUUUAGCUUGCUGGCAAAUAUCCAGCACAGCGUCCAGCUCCUGACUGAGCUUCACCGUGACGUGUUCGAGCUUGCGCCUGUGUGCCGCUGUCUCCAAUCCUGGCACACGCUGUUCAAGGCCGGAGUGUUGUUCCUUUUCCGCAUGCAAGGGCUGUCGUCGUAUGACGAGAAGGCCGACUUCAUCUUCAGCAUGCCCGUCGGAUGUCUUGUUGCAGUCUUGAUCGCGCUCACUCAGAGCCUCCGGGCGGUACAAAUGGGUGGCAGUGGCCUCAUCCACCAGGACGCGCUCCCGGACGAUGCGCAAUCCCGCAGCGACGUUCUGCUCGUGUUCGAGGAUUGCAUUCUUCGGGGUGGGCCGGAGGUCGUCAUGGGGACGCUCAACCACAACGAAUGGGCGGAGAACAUGCUCGAACGUCAAUACAGCAGGCUCGACGAAUCGCAGAUGGCCGAUGAAGACGGCACGCCGCCGCAGAAAUCCCUCAUCUCGCAGCUCAAGCGAGCGUUCGCGUUCAAGGCCGGGUGUCGCAUUGGCGGGAUCAUGACCAAGGCCAUGGAGAUGUCGCAGAAGAAGCCGCUGCGAGACAUUACCGAUGCUUACAUCGUCAACUUGGUGCAAUCCGUACCAGAAUACUGA